UCGAAGGACGCGUUUACGCAGGACAUAUGUUUGUGGAGGGUCACAGGUGUGAGGCCAGUGUCCUGGCUGCACCCCUGCCUGGGGACAGCCCUGCAUGAGCGCAUGGUCCGGCCCGGGCCCGUCACACGCCCCAGGCUCAGUCACAGCCGCCCACCUUGGGGCCCCGACACCUGCUCACUCCCCUUUUUGCAGAUGCCUUGGUCCCCUCAGCCCUGCUUUGGCACCAGUGUCAUCAGAGGACAGCUGAGUGGCAGCUGUGAGCACUGGCUGCUUAAGCCCCACCUAGGAGACGGGGCGUGGGCUGCCUGUGCCGUUGGGCAUGUGCCCAACACUUACGACUCCUGCACGGGCCGCGCUGUGUGCGUGUCCCUGGGGUCCUGGUGGGCUCUGGCUGUGGGGACAGCUGUCACCUCCAUGCUGUUCCACGUCUGUCCUUGUGGCUUCUGGCUGGAUGUGGUCCCCCUCCCCCUUCCCCUUUCCCCUCCUCCCUCCCCCUGCUCCUCUGGAACCCCACUCUGGGGGACGGGGCCUGAGCAGCAUGUGGGGCCUUGUCCUUGCGCCACUGACCGUGAUGUGGCUGAGACCUGCAGACACCCGGGGGAGAGCGUCGCCCAUGGCAGAGGUGGCUGGUCCGUAGCCCAGUGGGGACGGUGGCCUGAGCUUCCUUGUCCAGAGGGAGGUUCGCAGGAGCCCUGGUCUGCGUGGCGUGGCCCGUCCCCUGUAGGCAGGCGUCUGGGACUGCCUCCUCAAGGUUGGUCUCGGUGUCCUCCUGGCUUGUCCACCCCCCUGCAUGUCCUUGCACCAGCCCCCUGGGGUCUGGGCAAGGCCCAGGGCUGCGUUCCUGGGAGGAUGCUGACAUGGCCACCACUGGGGACGAGGGCCCAGCAGGUCAGCCUGGCUGGGCACGUGGGGCCUUCACGGGGAUAUUUGCCGUCACUACUCGCAAAACGUGCUUCUUGCUCUGGUGUAAACUUUUACACCUGCCACUUAACCCAUUGUCUUCCAAAGCUUCCUAACUUAAAAACAUACGUGUAAGAAACCACGUGAGCCGUGGCUCCUUGCAGCAGAUGCCUGCCCAGUGCUGGCGCACGUGUUAAGAGCGAGCUCCGCGCUGCCCUGGUGUGGGACCUGCCCCCGCCUUGCGGGGCAGCACAGCUGGCUGGGCUCAGGCGCGCCAGCGUCUGUGCUCUGAAGUUUUCACCUCAGAGGAAACUUUCUAAAAGGACUAAUAGGUUUUAAAAAGUUUAUAGCUUUUUAAUUUUUUGCAUGUUUGACCUACAACAGCUGAAUGUGUAAAAUGGGGGGAAACCCACCCAGACUAGAGAGCUAGCACUGACAUUCCGGCACAUUCCGCCGACUUGGUUUUUCUGUGGACACUGUCUUCAGUGAGCACUCGGCCAGCCAGGCCCUGCCAGGUGUGUCCGUACGGUGGCCGGCGGAGAGCCGGAGCAGGCGGCCUGGCCACUGGCCGCGGUGGGCUGCGCCAGUUGGUGUGCUGGCGCGUCGGGGCAGUGAGGGCUGUCGGGCAGACUCCCUGUGGGGGGGCUUGGCGUCCUCACCGCCACGUGCUGAGCCACCCUCAGCCUGGCCGAGCACGGGUAGGCCCCAGCAUCCUCUCACCGUGUCUGUUUUCCGAA